AUGUGUGGAAUACUGGCAGUCUUCGGUUGCGUGGACAAUUCUCAGACCAAACGGUCCAGAAUCAUCGAGCUCUCGAGAAGGUUGCGCCAUAGAGGUCCUGAUUGGAGUGGCUUGCACUGUCAUCAGGAUUGUUAUCUUGCUCAUCAAAGGCUGGCCAUAAUGGAUCCCACUUCUGGAGAUCAACCACUUUAUAACGAGGACAAGACGGUUGUUGUUACGGUUAAUGGGGAGAUAUACAACCAUAACGAACUAAGGAAGAAGCUAAAUUCUCAUCAGUUCCGUACUGGAAGUGAUUGUGAAGUUAUGGCACAUCUUGUUAAUGGGGAGAUAUACAACCAUAACGAACUAAGGAAGAAGCUAAAUUCUCAUCAGUUCCGUACUGGAAGUGAUUGUGAAGUUAUGGCACAUCUUUAUGAAGAAUAUGGAGAAGAUUUAGUUGGCAUGUUGGAUGGAAUGUUCUCCUUUGUGCUUCUUGACACCCAUGACAAAAGUUUCAUUGCAGCUCGGGAUGCUAUUGGUAUUACCCCACUUUACAUGGGCUGGGGCCUUGAUGUGUCCAUAAUCUGGAUUCGCGUUAAUGGGGAGAUAUACAACCAUAACGAACUAAGGAAGAAGCUAAAUUCUCAUCAGUUCCGUACUGGAAGUGAUUGUGAAGUUAUGGCACAUCUUUAUGAAGAAUAUGGAGAAGAUUUAGUUGGCAUGUUGGAUGGAAUGUUCUCCUUUGUGCUUCUUGACACCCAUGACAAAAGUUUCAUUGCAGCUCGGGAUGCUAUUGGUAUUACCCCACUUUACAUGGGCUGGGGCCUUGAUGAGACCGGACUGGAGAAGGUUGAAACUGUCAAGGUUAAUGGGGAGAUAUACAACCAUAACGAACUAAGGAAGAAGCUAAAUUCUCAUCAGUUCCGUACUGGAAGUGAUUGUGAAGUUAUGGCACAUCUUUAUGAAGAAUAUGGAGAAGAUUUAGUUGGCAUGUUGGAUGGAAUGUUCUCCUUUGUGCUUCUUGACACCCAUGACAAAAGUUUCAUUGCAGCUCGGGAUGCUAUUGGUAUUACCCCACUUUACAUGGGCUGGGGCCUUGAUGGAUCUGUUUGGUUUGCUUCAGAAAUGAAAGCCCUGAGUGAUGACUGUGAGCGAUUUAUGUCUUUCCCUCCGGGGCAUAUAUAUUCUAGCAAAAGUGGAGGGCUCAGAAGAUGGUAUAACCCACUAUGGUAUUCAGAACAGAUACCUUCAGCACCCUACAAUCCCGUAGUCUUACGUCAAGCAUUUGAGAAGGCUGUAGUUAAGAGACUUAUGACGGAUGUACCCUUUGGGGUACUUUUGUCGGGAGGACUAGAUUCAUCACUUGUUGCUGCUGUGGCUUCCCGCCAUAUGGCUGAAUCAGAGGCUGCUUGUCAGUGGGGGUCACAAUUGCAUACCUUCUGCAUUGGGUUGAAGGGUUCUCCCGAUUUGAAAGCUGCCAGAGAAGUAGCAAAUUACCUUGGCACCCGUCACCAUGAGUUUCACUUUACUGUUCAGGAGGGAGUAGAUGCACUUGAGGAGGUCAUCUAUCACAUUGAAACAUAUGACGUGACUACUGUGAGAGCCAGUACGCCAAUGUUUCUUAUGUCUCGAAAAAUCAAAUCUUUGGGAGUGAAAAUGGUUCUUUCUGGGGAAGGUUCGGAUGAAAUUUUUGGUGGUUACUUGUAUUUCCAUAAAGCACCUAACAAGGAGGAGUUACACCAGGAAACUUGUCGAAAGAUUAAAGCUCUUCAUCUCUAUGAUUGCUUGAGGGCCAACAAAUCAACUUCAGCAUGGGGUGUUGAGUCUCGUGUACCCUUUUUAGAUAAAGAAUUUAUCAAUGUUGCGAUGGGUAUUGAUCCAGAGUGGAAAAUGGUCAGGCCUGAUCUUGGAAGGAUUGAGAAGUGGGUUUUGCGCAAUGCUUUUGAUGAUGAUACGAACCCUUAUCUACCAAAGCACAUAUUGUAUAGGCAGAAGGAACAGUUCAGUGAUGGGGUUGGGUACAGCUGGAUUGAUGGCUUAAAGGAUCAUGCUAACCAACAGGUUACUGAUGGGAUGCUAACAAAUGCAAAUUUUAUUUAUCCUGAAAAUACACCCACAACAAAAGAGGCAUAUUAUUACCGGACAAUCUUCGAGAGGUUCUUUCCCAAGAAUGCGGCAAGGUCAACAGUUCCCGGAGGUCCAAGUGUGGCAUGCAGUACAGCAAAAGCUGUAGAAUGGGAUGCAGCAUGGUCCAAAAAUCUUGAUCCGUCUGGACGGGCUGCUCUUGGGGUUCAUGAAGCUGCUUAUGAGGACACAUCGGAUGGUAAAAUUGCCAACGCGGUGAACAGCUCGGCUCAGAAAAUAGUGGCAGAGAAUAUUGCGGCAGUUGUUUGA